CCACGCCCGCAGGCUCUGCCAACACCCCGCUCCUGCUGCAGUCCUUCCGCCCUCGCCAGCCCUCCCUCCUCCUGCCCUCGCGGGCCUGAGAGCCGAGCCGGCUGAGCUCUGCCGGCGCAGGCAGCCAGAACCUGGGCAGUAACGGGCCCCUCUGCCCCCUGUCCUGCAGCCCCAUGGCCGGGAGCGCUGAGAUGGCGUCCCUGGAAGAGAGCUUCCGCAAAUUCGCCAUUUACGGCGACACCAAGGCUACGGGGCAAGAAAUGAAUGGGAAGAAUUGGGCCAAGCUGUGCAAAGACUGCAAAGUCACCGACGGCAAAAGCGUCACCAGCACCGAUGUGGACAUUGUCUUCUCCAAGGUGAAAGGGAAGACAGCCCGUGUCAUCAACUACGAGGAGUUCAAGAAGGCGCUGGAGGAGCUGGCCCCCAAGAGAUUUAAGGACAAGAGCAAAGAGGAGGCGUACGAAGCCAUCUGCCAGCUGGUGGCAGGGAAGGAGCCCAUUAACGUGGGUGUCACGAAAGCCAAGACGGUGGGGGCCGUGGAGAGGCUGACGGACACCUCCAAGUACACGGGCUCCCACAAGGAGCGCUUCGACGAGAGCGGCAAGGGCAAGGGCAAGAGCGGGCGGGAGAACAUCGUGGACACCAGCGGCUACGUCAGUGCCUACAAGAACGCAGGCACCUACGACGCCAAAGUGAAAAAGUAGGGAGGGGUGCCCGUGGCGCCCACCGCCCCGGUCCCUGCGCAUCGGCCGUGGGGCCGGCGCUCACGUCAGCCUUGGGACAUGCCCGCGUGUUGUGGGCCCCGGGAGGCUGCGCUGGGGCCAGCCCCAGGCUGGCGGGAUGUCGGCCACCCAGCGCUGAUGUGAUUGGGAAAGUCGCCGGGCCGCGUGCUCUGCCCCAGCGCUACGUCUGUCCCCCCCCGUGCUGUGACCCCCCCCAGUCCCUCCUGUCCCCCCCUGUGCUGUCACCCCCAGCCCCCCGCCGCCGGCAGCGCCCGCCGUACUAACAGCACUGCUCCUCAGGGCUCCCCUGCCCCACUGGCACCCAGACCUUCCCUACCUCAGCCCCGGCUUUCGGGGCACCCUCCCUGCCAUCCCACCGGGGACUGCAGCCUGUCUUCCCUGCAGACCUCCCAGGCACCUGCCUUAACCCCGCACCAGUUAUACCACAACCGCCUCCUUCCUUUCCCACUGGUGCCCUCGCCACGGGGCUGCCCGGCUUUGCCGCUUGCCCAGCACCGCAAGAGGCUCAGACCUUGCAGUGCCAUUAGUGCCGGUGCUGCCGUGAUGCUCCUGGCCCGGCCCCGGGAUGCACCCCGGGAGAGCUUGGUGUUGCCUGGCCGUCGGCAAAGGUCUCCGUGCUGAACACCCGUGGCCUCCCGCUGCUUUCGUGAAGCCCAAACCAAAGGAUGCUGCAGACCCGCGCUGUAACCCGGCUCUGCAAUAAAACCCCGUCCG